AGGGACACGGGCAGGGACAAACCGAGCGGGACCCGGCCGGGAGGGACGGACACUCCUUGGGGACAGCGCCUGUGCCUUCCCUGCUCAGCUCCGUGUCCCCAGGGCCACCCUCGGUGCAGAUUUUCCCCCUGGGCAGCACAGCCCAGCCCUGGGAGCUGGCAGGGCGUUGCUUAUUGCCUAUGUCCCCUCGGGUUGCUCUUCCCAGGGGUGUUUGCAUAUUAAGACAUUAUUGCAUAAAUAUAUAUAUAUAUAUAUAUCUUCUAUAUAUAUAUUGCCCUGGGAGCAUGCACGGGCAGGCAGGAGGCUCUGCUGUGCUUCUGGAGAGGUGCAGCCUGGGGAGAGGGGACAGUCCCCUGCUCCCCCCACUGGGGACCCCAAGUGACACGGGUGAAACCACCCUGGGUCGUGCCCCCACACCCCUGCUCUGGCAGCAGGAGGGAGAUGGGACCUUGCAUAGCUGGUGGUGGCCCCGGCUCAGCUCUGGGGGACCAGGCAGGACCUGCCCUGAGGUCUGGGGUUCAAACCAAACCCCAGCGGAUGGAGCCAGCCCGGAGCAUCCCCACUAUGGCUGGGGAACACCCAGGACACCGGAGCUGGGGAGGUGCCAUCCCGCAGGAAGCCAGGAUCUUGCCAGGAGCAUCCCAGGAACAUCCCAGGAGCAUCCGAGAAACAUCCCAGGAACACCCCAGAAACAUCUCAGGAGCAUCCCAGGAAUAUCCCAGGAACAUGCCAGGAAUAUCCCAGGAGCAUCCCAGGAACACCCCAGGAGCAUCCCAAAAACAUCUCAGGAGCAUCCCAGGAAAAUCCCAGGAAUACCCCAGGAGUACCCCACGAGCAUCCCAGAUCCCAUGAACAUUCCAGGAAUAUCUCAGAAGCAACUCAGGAACACCCCAGGAAUAUCCCAGGAGCACCCCAGGAACAUCUCAAGUGUCCCAGGAGGGUCCCAGGAGCAUCCCAGGAGCGCCCCAGGAAUAUCCCAGGAGCGCCCCAGGAAUACCCCAGGAGCACCCCAGGAACAUCCCAAGUGUCCCAGGAGCAUCCCAGAUCCCAGGAGCACCCCAGGAAUAUCCCAGGAACAUCCCCAGGAACAUCCCAAGUGUCCCAGGAGCAUCCCAGAUCCCAGGAGCACCCCAGGAAUAUCCCAGGAACAUCCCCAGGCCACGCCGCAGUGCCACAGGCACCCCGCUGCAGCCGCGUCCCCGCGAAGGAAGACUCGGUUCAAGUCACACGGCGAGUGA